AUGGCGCCGUCAUUCAACUUGGCGGGUCAGGGAAACCAGCCGAACCCGCAGCUUGGAGCUGACCGGAAGAGGCAAAAAUACAAGUCGUUGAAAGAGAUCAUGAAAGUGGCGAAGCGGGUGGUGCUGGUGGAGAAUGAGGAGUCUGAUGACGGUUUUAUACAGAAGAAGAUUAUUAAUUUCUUUAGGAUUCAGAUAUGCAGGGAACUGGUGGAGGAACUUGCAUGGUCUCCAGAUGUCAAAAAACGUCGCAAACGGUCUAGUACAUUAGUGUUCCACAAGAAACGGAGAAGGAUAUUGCCACAUGUUCCUUCUGAAGACCCCACCCGAAGGCUAGUACAAUUGGGAUCUCUUGCAUAUGCGUUGACGGCUCAGAACAUCGAAUUCAGCUAUGAGCUUACUUACAUGCCGGGCAUGGCUCCCAGAUCAGCCAAUCGAGCUGCAUUUGAAAAUGGUGGCAUGCAGGUUCUUUCUAAAGAAGAUACUGAGACAUUGGACUUAUGUAGAGCUAUGUACAAAAGAGGCGAAUGCCCUCCUCUUAUUGUAACUUUUGAUUCAUGUGAAGGCUAUACAGUAGAAGCGGAUGGUCCAAUAAAGAACAUGACAUUCAUUGCGGAGUAUACAGGCGAUGUGGAUUACAUUAAGAAUCGGGAACUGGAUGAUUGUGAUAGCAUGAUGACCCUUCUUCUAGCAAGAGACCCAUCGAAAAGUCUUGUUGUCUGCCCUGAUAAACGUGGAAACAUUGCUCGUUUUAUUAAUGGCAUAAAUAAUUAUUCACCGUGGGCUGGAGUUCUACUUCAGACAUCAGAGAAGAUUUACUGUAGAACCGGUGUUUUGAGACAAUCUAAAAUGAAGGAAGCAGCUGGCACACAGAUGCCAGCACAAUUGUUUCACCAUAGAAUCACAGUGCACUGGUACGGAAAAGAAAUUGCAACUUUCGCCUGCUGUUCGUGCUGCUUCUUCUCUGAAGAUGGAUGGAAGAGUUUCAUGGAAAUUCUGAUGUGGAGGGCUCAACAGAUGAGACUACUAACAUUCUGGAAUGAUGGAUUAGACCAUUCUGGAUUUGAUUAA